UAAACGAUCAUUAGUAAACACAUUAUGGAGUGCAGUGUGGUUAAUGACCUACAUUGUUGGAUUUGUCUACAUAAAUAAAGAGCGAGAUACAGAAACAGGGUACAUAACGAAACUUACAGCUGAAUUGUAUUUCUAUUGCGCUAAUAUUGGAGUUUGGAUUGGGAUCUGUAUAAAAUGCAUCUUUGCUGGAGGGGUUGCAAAUAUUGUGAGAGAUAUUGACAACUUUGAUAAGCAGUUACACUGGAGAUUCAAAAAUGAUAUUGUAAAAAUAUAUAGAAAAACUGUCAUUCUUAUAUAUGGAACAAUUGCGCUUGUGGUUGUCUUCAUGGCUAAUUACAUCGUGUGUAUAUCGUUUUUAAAGCGAUAUAAAACUUUACUACUCUCCUUUGGAGCACUUUUUGUCAAUAUUGGUGCACCAUUAACCAGUACUAUUACCGUAUUUCAGUUUUCAGCGGUAGUUAUGUCUUUGAGGAGCAGAUUUAGGUUACUCAACGCUCGUAUAAACUCCAUUUCUACAAAGCUUUUCUUCCGAAAUGCCCCUUUAUUUACCAUUUACUCAAGAGGUACUUCUAAGGCUGCUACAAAUAUGAUACCUUUAAGGCUUGCCGACCAUAAAAUAUUUAACAUAUUUGAAGAUUUGAGAAAUAAACAUAAUGACCUUUGCAGGAUUUGUCGGGAUGUGAAUACGUGCUAUUCACUUGAAAUUUUGAUGAUAGUGCUUCAAAAUUUCAUUAGUUUAAUUCUGUCACUAUAUUUUGGAGGCAAAAGUAUAUUUCACAAAAGAGAGAGUUCUGCUUUCAUAAUUUACAAUUACUGUAAUCAACUAUUUUUGGCAACAGUUCAAACAAUGGUACUAGUGUUGAUUUGCACGAGCACGGUAGCCGAGAUGGUCGUGUCACUACCUAUAACUUUGCAGGCACGCAAAACUGGAGAUCUCAUACACAACGCAGUUACAAUGCAGGAACCUUGUAACGAAUCUAUGUAUCUACAGGCAUCACUUUUCUCAUUACAACUGAUGCACAGUAGUGUUCAAUUUACUGCAUGUGGGGUGUUCCCUAUCGAUGCGAGUCUAUUGUUAUCGAUUCUUGGGGCGAUAACUACAUACUUAGUAAUCGUCGUGCAGUUUGAAAUAUCUUACCCUCGCACCGACAGCAACAGCUUAACAUAAAAUAGGGAAGCGGUAUAUGUAAUUCGCUUUCAAAAUAUAUGAUAAUACGAAAUUAUAAAACGAAGUUUGGUCUAGAAAAGUUGAGUUUAGUUAGGGGGUUCUAUUGCAAAAAUCCUGGC